CGGCCCAAAUAGGAGAUGGGGCCCAAUUGUUUGAGGUCUAGUCUGCUAUGGAGCGGAAACAGAAGCACAAUGCAAUCCUCAUUUCAGCUCCGCCGCCGCCUCCAGCGGCCGCCUCCGUGGUUCUUCCUCGGAGGCUGGGCCUCUAUCUCCAGCCUCAAGGUUCCCUGGCGCAAGGACCGGCUCCUCGACGGCGCCAUCGACCGCGACAAGCACUGGCGCCUCUGCUCUCGCGUCGUCCGCGAGGUGCUUCUCGAGCCCGGCCACACAAUGCCGCUCCGCUACCUCGAGAAGCGCCGGGAGCGGCUCCGCCUCCCCAUCCGCAUCUCCACCUUCCUCGCCCGCUACCCCAACCUGUUCGAUCUCUAUCCUGCCCCCGUCAAGCCGGGGCAACCCCACGUCCCCUUCGUCCGCCCCUCCCCCCGCCUCCGCUCCUUCCUCGCCCUCGAAGCCCACCUCCGCGCGCAGAACGAGCCUGCCGCCCUAGCCAAGCUCUGCAAGCUCCUCAUGAUCUCCCGCCACCGCGCCCUCCCCGCCGAGAAGCUCCUCAACGCCAAACGCGACUUCGGGCUCCCCGAUGAUUUCAUCUGCUCCCUCGUCCCCCGGUAUCCUAAUCUUCUCCGCCUCGUCCAUGCCUCCAGUGACAAGCCCUUCAUCGAGCUCGUCUCCUGGGACAACGACUACGCCAAGUCCGUCAUCGAGCGGCGGGCGGAGGAGGAGGCGCGACUUACCGGCGUGCGCAUGCGCCCCAACUUCGAUGUCUGCCUCCCUCCAGGGUUCUACCUCAAGAGGGAGAUGCGCGACUGGACUAGAGAUUGGCUGGAACUGCCCUAUAUAUCACCCUACGCCAGCACCUCGGAGCUUCACCCGGCCUCCCCCGAAUUGGAGAAGCGAACUGUAGGUGUGCUCCACGAAGUGCUCUCGCUUACUCUGCUCAAGCGGAUGGCCGUGCCCAUCAUCGGCAAAUUCUCCGAGGAGUUCCAAUUCUCUAAUGCCUUUUCCAAUGCCUUCACGCGGCACCCGGGUAUCUUCUACCUCUCGCUCAAGGGUGGGAUCAAGACGGCCAUGCUAAGGGAGGCUUACAACCAAGGGGAGCUUGUGGAUCGGGAUCCCUUGCUGGAGAUCAAGGAUCAGUUUGAGGAAAUGCUAGACGAAGGGCACAGGGAGUACCUUGAGAAGCUGAAGAGCAAGAAGGAGGCCAUGAAGAGGGACCUGGAGCUAAUGGCAAGGAAGAAUGCAGAGCUACCUGAGGAUGAAACUGCUGAAAUUUAGCAGCUUUAGCAUUUGCAUUUUAACAAAAUUGAUAGGGAAAAAGCUUGGCAUUUGCAGGCUGAGCUAAUUUCAGAUGAGGAUGGAGUUUAAACUUUAAUCUGACAUGAAGGAUUGUUGAUAUGAUGCAUUCAGUAUGAUAAUCUAUGCUUUGUGGUUCAAGCAACAGGAGCUUCAAGUGGAGAAUAGCAAAGGAAUUCAAUAACCACCGCCCCUACUAACCUCCUGCAACUCAAUUCCAUUCCGCGGAGAAGAUAUUUUUCAAGGACCAAAAGCACGAUGCUGUAGGUGAUGACGACUAUGAACAAGGACAGACUGAGGUCCUUUGUUGAGGAGAUCAAACACCUAUUCAAGGAGAGAUGAUAGAUAAUAGAGGAUACACAUGCGCUACUAAGAUGAUGACUAUGCUGAAAUUGAGCAACCAUUAAAAUGCAUUUUGCUUCAACCUAAUAGAUCGAAAGGCUUGGCAAUCUACAAGCUGAGCCAUUUCAUAAGGAAAUGGUGAGAGUGGACUGUGAUAAAGCAAUCAAAAACAGGGAAUCUGGGAGAGGUGUUAUGUUAACAUUCUUAUUUUACGCAUGUGAAGUUAUAAAAUUCUCAAAUGGUGCACUCUCUUUGAUAAAGGCUCAUCUGAUGCGCAAACUUAAUGUGAUUUGAAUCUACAUAAAAUGUCCUACUUCGUUACUGUAAUUUAUCUUGCCCAGAUCUUAUAUUCUCUCUUUAAAGCGUAAUUGAUGGCAAA